AUGUCGUUCGUUUCGGACUCUUCCAUCUCAGCGCAACGGCAAUCGCAAUGGGGCCCGAACUGGUGGCCCCUUGGUGGUGAAGCCAAUAUCAGUGUCAGGAACGAAUUCAACAUCAGCUUUGACACCAGCAACAAGGCGCAAACACACACAACACCAACAAUAUCAAUACACGAACACUCUCAGCAAGGGAGGCAUUCCGUGCCCGUCCAGUCCACAAUCAAGGGUUCCACAUUCCAGCGGGCCAAAAACCCCCCAGGCCUGCCGCUUCUGGCAGUCUGGGCGGUGUCCUGCAUGACCACACACUUCCCUGUACCGUCUGUACCGUCUGUACUAUUCCAUCACCACCACCACCGCCUGGCACUCCCGUCUUUCUUCACGAUACCCCACCUUCCAGCGAAGGUCUGGAGGUCCAACUCAACCGCCGCUCUGUUCUGCCCUGCCCUGCUCUGCUCUGCUCCGCUCCGCUCGACAAGACUCGACUCCCGCCUCUCUUCAACUCCGCCCUCUGGUUUUGGCUUGCGAAGGUCUAUAUCGGCCACUGUGCUCAGCAAGAGUCUCGACCACGCGCGGACUGGUGGAGGUGUUGUUGUGAAGGCGCGCGCAAUCAAGGAGCCGCCAGACUCUCCUGCUCACUCAUCAGCCUCGCCGCCCGCCCUGUCCGAUUCCACAUUGAGGAGGUGGCCAGAGAUGGAUCUGAUCACAGGCCUCACGCACCCCACGGUGCCAGCAUUCCCGAGCUAUGCGAGAGGCUGUCGAUCCACACAAACGAAUAGCGACCAGGCACCCGAUCCCAGGCUUUUUGACCAUGCAUCACAACAGGCUCGACCGUCGCCGAGGACGUACAACCCAUACCAGACCAACCACUCUCCUUCGCAAUGGAACAGCGCGUACCACCGAAUAGUUACGAAUCUGCCCCCGUCUUAUCUGGCCGACAAUGCCGAGCAUUCGCUGAGGAGGAAGACCCCUAACGGCACAAUCGACAAUGGAUACGAUGGCACUCCCACCCAGCUGGCUGCUGGUCCGCCGCCGCAGAAAUACCUGAAUCUGGCUCCCGGCGGCGACAUAUUCCCCACGGCGAAUUCCGGUCACCGGUUAUCAGCCAGCGGCAGCUCAUGGUGGUAUCCCUCGCAGCCGGUCAGAGGCAGCCUCGACGAACCCAGUCCGAUAUCCCGUCCGACCCCGGUUGGUGGCAGCUUUGGUCAAAGCAGCUUGGGUUACAGCCCGGCUCAUGGCUCUUUGCUGCCAUCGCCGUCCGCACAGCUGCAUCCGAUGAACCUGACCCCGAUCAUGCGCAACGGUUACGGGAACGCAUAUCAGAACCAGGCAGCACCGAGUCCUUCGAGCUUCUCGCCCAGUGGCUUCAACCCAAAUCCUGUCUGGGGCGACGGGCCUUUCGCAGGCUUCCAUCCAAGCUUGCAGAUGUCGUCAACAGGGUAUCCACCCCAUAACAUCCCGUACGAGAGCGGCUUUGUAGCUGUACAGGCACCACUACUUCAGGGGGGCUUGGGCAUGGUUCCAUUUAAUGCCCAUAACCUUCCCUUACAGAUGCAAACACCUCCGUACAUGCUUGAUGAUGGGUACUCCCGGCACGGACAACUCCCUUUGGUUCAAUCUUCACACAGAGGUCUCCAGAGCAUGUCGCUCGGCCCAGCGUCACCGGCAACUUGCGGUGUUUCCUCGCAGGUACAGUUCAAAGAGGGAGUGCUGGCCGCUGGGCACAAGGCCUACACGGACCUUAUUCAUCAUCUCAACAGGGUGAAAAAGGUCCAACACGGCAAAACGAAUUCAAGAUCCCAGAAGAACAUGAUCUUUCCGAGACCUCCCAAACAAAUUGCAUCGCGGCCCACUCCACACCUCCAGAGAGCUCAUCAGACAUUUCCAGGCGCCGGAGCUCCGUUCCCGCAUCGGGCUCUUCAACAGCCCCUGAAUGCACCAAGCGCCCUGAAUCGCAUGGUCCGAGCCUCCGACAUGCUUCCCUCAGCCAGGCUAGAUGCUAAUGGGCGGUCGAUCAGCGCCCAUCCUGCAAUGAUGGGGGAGGUCUACGGGAAUGUGCUGGUUCAAAAAUAUCCCGCCGAGAGCGCCAGGGCUUCUUUGGAAAUACUUCAUAACCUGUGCGAACAGUCCGAAUGGAAUUGGGUGGAUGGCAUGCUCCUAGGGGGUUGUCUGCAUUAUGCUUUAGAAAAGUAUGAGGAGGCCUUGGAAUGGUUCAAGAGGAUUAUCGAUCUUAACGCGAACCACGUGGAAGCAAUAUCGAACAUCGCGGCUACAUUGUACUGCCUGAGCCGGCAGGAUGAAGCAGAAAGGCAGUGGCACAGAGCUAUCGAACUGCGCCCGGAUUAUCUUGAAGCACUAGAGCAUCUGGUGGGUUUAUUGUGCUCGACUCACCGCAACAAGCAAGCCGUGGACAUAAUCGAGCUCGUGCAACAAAAACUACGCAUAUCAUCGCACGACUUGCAUCGACAGAACAAACUGAAGAAGGGCAUAGGCACGGAGACCUCGGCUACGAAUGGCAUGGUAAACCCCGACGAGGCGCUCAUUGACGCAGCACAAGCCGUCCGCAAGCUGUCGGUCUCAAGUGAAAUGCAGGAUGAUUGGGGCUCCAGUGGUUACAAGAUUCCAGCGAGUGAGAACUGGCGAAUCCUGACGCUCGUGCACGCCAAGGGAAACAUGCUCUACGCCCUAAAACAGAUCGAUCGCGCAUCCGAGGCGUUUGAAGAAGCCGUCUUGAUCAGUGCCGGGCGCCAUAUCGGAGGCAUUCAGAACCUAAUCAAGAGGAUACAGCUGGUCUUGUCACCUAGAGCUAUCGGACCACAGCAUCUGGACCCGAAGAAUCUGUCUGCGCCGCUUCUUUUGCCGCCAGAUAGGGCCAAAAGAACGGCCGAGUUGGUCUUCUCAUCGACAGGGGGGCAAUUACCGGGCCUGCGAUAUGUCCCUGACGGCAAGCACAAACACAAUGCCAUUUCGACAACAAGCAAUUCUCUGCUCUCCUUGGCAAAAAUCUUCCAGGAUGCGAUGUCUGCGGGUGGAUCAAGUCCAGGGCCUGUGGCGCAACCACGCGGCGUGGGCGAUAUCCUUGCGCUGUACUAUCUGUCUCUGGCGCUUCAAGAGAGUCCAUCCACCGCGAACAAUGUUGGUAUCCUACUUGCGAGUGUUCAACAGUCUGCUUCACAGUCGCCAUCAGCCUCGACAACACAAUACGCUGCGCGAAUACCAGGCAUUAUUCCUGGAAGUGGGUUGGAACUUGCCCUUGCAUAUUAUCAAUACGGCCUAUUGUUGGACCCAAAACACGUUCAUCUCCACACAAACCUGGGAAGCUUGCUGAAGGACAUCGGCCAACUCGAUUACGCCAUUCAAAUGUACCAGAAGGCGGUGGAAUGUGAUAGUACUUUCGACAUUGCUUUGACAAAUCUAGCAAAUGCGGUCAAAGAUCGGGGUCGUAUCGAAGAAGCCAUCAAGUACUACAGACGUGCAGUGGACUCGAACCCCGAAUUUGCUGAGGCUGUGUGCGGGCUGUCGACAGCUCUAAAUUCAGUGUGCGACUGGAAGGGUCGUGGCGGAGUGUUGCUCAAUGGUGGGAAGUUUGACAGGUGGCAUGUGGGCGACGACGGCAUGAUCAUCGAUGUCAAAGAGACUCGUCAGGGCUCCGGCUUGAUGAAGAAAGUCGUUGAUAUUGUUGCGCGUCAGCUCAAGGAUGCCUCCAGCUGGGGUUCCGGUGCUCUCACCUCGGGCGUCCUUGCCUCGAUGGUGUCUCAGCUUGACGCUUCUCGUGCGUCUCAACCGGAUUCUAAUCUCUAUCUCGAAUCUGAACUGCGCUAUUGGGCAGGCAAGCCGUGGGAAGGAUCUCGCCUGCUUCGACUGAUCGAGCGUUCGACCAGAGCCACCAUGCGCAACUGGUACCUGGACAAAUACGAGCGUGGAUAUGAGUCUCCGCAUGGUUAUCCCCGAACACGGCCUCCCGGCAAUCUCACAGUCCCAUCCGCCCCGACUGUCCUUCCAUUUCAUACCUUUACUUGCCCUCUGACAGCCAGGGAUGUGCGGAGAAUCUCUCAGCGCAACGCGCUGCGGAUAUCUUGCUCCACACUACGAUCACCAUGGCUUCCGCACACAGUCUACCGGCCCCCGAAACCUCCGAGCCCAUGCCUGAACAUAGGUUAUGUCUCUUCCGAUUUCAACAACCACCCUCUGGCACACCUCAUGCAGUCUGUUUUUGGCUUCCACGACCAGACUCGAGCGAAAGCCUUUUGCUAUGCCACAACCGCCAGUGAUGGAUCAUCGCACCGCCAGCAGAUCGAAAGGGAGGCUCCUGUGUUCCGUGACGUCAGCAGCUGGUCUUCCGACAAGGUGAUCGAGCGAAUCGUUGAGGAUGGUAUUCAUAUCCUCGUCAACCUGAACGGGUAUACAAGGGGUGCCCGCAACGAGAUUUUCGCCGCACGUCCGGCUCCCAUACAAAUGUCUUUCAUGGGCUUUGCUGGAACGCUUGGGGCCGAAUGGUGUGACUACCUUCUGGCAGACACCACUGCGAUCCCUCCUGAAACUCUCAGACCAUGGAGAGGCAACCUUACGCUUACAGACGUAUUCCGUGACGAUGCCGAAGGCGAUGCCGAGGAUUGGGUGUACUCCGAAAACAUCAUAUUCUGUAGGGACACUUUCUUCUGCUGCGACCACAGACAGUCCGCAGACACUGCCGAGCGAACUGUGACUUGGGAAGAAGAGCAAAGGCGGAGGUGGAAGAUGCGCAAGGAGAUCUUCCCGGAUCUCUCGGAUGACACAAUCAUCCUGGGCAACUUCAACCAGUUGUACAAGAUCGACCCUUCCACCUUCCGCACAUGGCUUAGAAUCCUGGCCAACACGCCAAAAGCUAUUCUCUGGCUGCUGAAGUUCCCCGAGCUGGGAGAGCGAGCGCUCAAGGAGACCGCCGAAGCAUGGGCUGGUUCUGAAGUCGCUAGUCGAAUACGAUUCACGGAUGUAGCACCAAAGCAGAUGCAUAUCUCGCGCGCUCGCGUGUGUGAUCUGUUCUUGGACACACCUGAGUGCAACGCGCACACGACAGCAGCCGACGUUCUCUGGUCCAGCACUCCAUUGCUCACAUUGCCGAGGUAUAAGUACAAGAUGUGCUCACGCAUGGCCGCGUCCAUUCUCAAGGGUGCUUUGCCCAAGAAUCCUGCAGGCAACCAAGCUGCAGAGGACCUGGUCGCCGAAGAUGAUGACGAUUAUGAGAAGAAAGCCAUCAAGCUGGCCAAUGGUAUCUCGUACCGCAUGGCAGAGGGCGGUUAUGGCGAGGCAGAAGGGCGUCUAUGGGAGUUGCGGAAGCUACUGUUCGGAAGCAAAUGGAACUGCGCACUAUUCAAUACCCGCCGCUGGGUAUCCGACCUCGAGGAGGCAUACGAAGAGGCUUGGAGGAGAUGGGUCGCAGGCAUCGACGGCGAUAUCUAUCUGUGA